AUGGCAACUGUAAUCAAGAUUAAAUUUGGAGACACACUCAGGCGCAUCUAUGAGGAAGAUCUUCUAGAUUUUGACAUGGACAUGUUGAGGGAGAAGAUCUGCAUCCUCUUCGGUCUAGAUCUUGAUGCUGAUUUUACACUCACUUACAUCGAUGAGGAUGGAGAUAUAGUCACUCUUUGUGAUGACAAUGAUCUCGAUGAUCUUGCGGCUCAAUCUCUGAAUCCACUAAGGAUGACUGUAACAUUGAAUCCUAAAUCUUCUCUUACAUCAACACAAGACCAGCUUCAGAUCAAUUCCUUGAACUCUGCAGUUUCUUUGAUCUUGAAAUUUGUGCCAGAGCGACAACAUAAUGCACUUUUGAAGCUUUUGCUUGACGUUGCAUGGGAAAACAUGAUGGGUGAUCAACAGGGAUUGAAGAUUGAAGAAGCAUCUGAGACAUUAUUACCAUGUAAAGACGGAAGCCCAGACUCGAACAACGAAGCUUUGCAGGUGGACACGGUGAAGAAAGAUGGAGUUCUUGAAAAUGUAGAUCUUAAUGUUCCUUAUUCCGAGUCUGAAACUGUUAAAGGCUCUGAUGCUUCAUCUUUACAUGAUGACAAUGCCAAACUGAGGAAAUCCGAUGAUUUUGAGACUUGUGUAGACCUUAACGAAUGCCCAUUCAUCGGGAUGCCUCUAUCUAAUGACUCAAUCGUGCAUUCAUGUCCUUGUGGGACUUGUGUCUCUCCUCUUAAGAAGGGCGAUAUCGGUAGUAAAGGCUUAGGCAGUCUUACAAUCCAUGAGGAUAUUACGUGUGUUGGGUGUGGAGUUUGUCCCAUAAUUGGACCCCGAUUCAUAUCAAAAUCGAAUAUUAUUGUUGAUCUGUGUUGCACUUGCUUCGAGAAAACGGGAGAUGAUGCUGCUGAUUAUAUCAGAAUGGAUCUCUCACCCUAUUCUUUUUUCCGUGACAAAUCUCCUGUUGCGUGCAAUGACAAAUUAGACCCAGAAGUCGAAGUUGUGAAUACCAAUAUGGAUAAAGACAAUGAAGUUUGUGAAAAGAAACCUAUUGGAAUUGUGGAACCUGAAGAUCUGCUUUUCGAUGCAGUACAGCCACAUAAGGACCAGGAGACGAGCACCUGUAAGAGUGUUGCGGUUCCAUCAAAACUGGUGUAG